CUUUCCGUCCUCCCUGCAGCGCGCAGGCGCGGUGCGAGCCUCUUCCAACGGCCGCUGAGCACAACUAUCGGGAGAGAAUGCGGAGGGGAAACAAACAACAAUAAUAACAACAACUGAGUGACACCGCCAUUGACUUCCUGCAGGACCUCCGGCACCUGGCGCUGCCGUCUGGCGGGGAAGGCGGCCUGGGCGGCAGACAGAAGGGAGGGGAGCCGGGGUGUCUCACGGCCGGGGGGGCACUGGGGUCUCCCUGUGACGCCCGAUCUCACCCCUUGCCCUGUCAGUGCACCGACACGGAGAUGAGCUGCGGGUGAUCCCGUUGUCAGAGCGCUGCAGGAGGAGAGAGCACAGCCGAGGCCUCCUGUGUCCCCCGACACCCAGUGUCUACACACAGCUGUCAUAUAUGUACAGGCAGCCGCCCCCCUUCUCCCCGCACAGGGGUCCCUGCUCCCUCCAUAUGCUGCCCCUACUAAGGGGCUGCCAUCCUGCCGACGAGCUUCUGCCUUAAUACCGCUGCCUCUUCUUAAAGGGAUCCUCUGUGUUGGGGACGCGUGACAGUUCUGGUAGAGCCAGCCUGCGUGCUCCGGGGAUACAGCACAGUCAUGCAGGCGCCCCAGCUCCAGUACGACUUCUUCAGCGAAGAGAAUGCCCCCAAGUGGAGGAAUCUGCUGGUCUCCUCCCUCAAGAAGCGUUCAGCACUUCAGGUUCCCUUUAAGGAUUUAAAAUGUGUUCAAAAAUCUGAAACUGGGCUUAAAGGCGUUUUCCAGGACCCUCCAAAAUGUUACCAAAUGUCCAGAAUCUUUUAGAGCCUACUCAGCCCCCAGUUCUCCUAGCGUUGGUGCUGCUGCUCAUCUUGUUUUCCAGCACUACAGCGAUGAUGUCGGCGACUACUCCGUGUGACCGCUGCAGCCAGUCAGCGGCUUCAUGCAGUCACAUAGUAAGGUUCAGUUACAGGUCCAUCCCAACCUGGCAUCAGCUGAAGAUGCUCUCCAGUAUGUGGAAGAGUUAAUUUUGCAGCUGCUUAGCAUGCUUUGCCAAGCGCAGCCCCGCAGUGUCCUGGAUGUUGAGGAACGUGUGCAGAAAAGCUUUCCUCAUCCCAUAGAUAAGUGGGCGAUUGCGGAUGCCCAGUCUGCGAUUGAAAAGAAGAAACGGCGGAAUCCGCUCUCUCUCCCUGUAGAUAAAAUCCAUCCUUUGUUAAAGGAGGUUUUAGGUUAUAAAAUUGAUCAUCAAGUAUCUGUUUACAUAGUUGCAGUAUUAGAAUACAUUUCGGCUGAUAUAUUGAAACUCGCUGGGAAUUAUGUGCGGAAUAUCAGGCAUUAUGAAAUUACCAAGCAAGACAUAAAGGUUGCAAUGUGUGUAGAUAAGGUAUUGAUGGACAUGUUCCAUCAGGAUGAAGAAGACAUUAGUGUAUUGUCCUUAGCCGACGAAGAGCCAUCCACUUUGGGGGAACAAGCAUACUAUGACCUUGUGAAGUCCUUUAUGGCAGAAGUUAGACAAUAUAUAAGGGAACUCAACCUUAUUAUCAAAGUAUUCAGAGAACCUUUUGCCUCCAGCACAAAACUGUUUUCAGCUCAUGAUGUAGAAAAUAUAUUUAGUCGAAUCAUUGAUAUCCAUGAACUUAGUGUGAAGCUUUUGGGCCUUAUUGAAGACACCGUGGAAAUGACAGACGAGAGCAGUCCGCACCCAUUAGUUGGAAGCUGCUUUGAAGAUUUGGCGGAGGAAUUAGCCUUUGAUCCAUAUGAAUCCUACGCUCAGGAUAUUCUACGACCAGGUUUUCAUGAUCACUUUCUUGGCCAGCUUUCGAAGCCCGGUGCUGCUCUUUAUUUACAGUCUAUAGGAGAAGGUUUUAAAGAAGCUGUGCAAUACGUUUUGCCUCGGCUACUUCUAGCACCUGUUUACUACUGCCUGCACUACUUUGAAUUUAUUAAGCAAUUAGAAGAAAAAAGUGAGGACGAGGAAGAUAAAGAAUGUUUGAAGCAAUCCAUAACUGCCUUACUCAACCUUCAGAGCAGUAUGGAAAGGAUAUGUUCGAAGAGCCUGGCCAAAAGACGUCUCAGCGAGUCUGCAUGUCGUUUUUAUAAUCAUCAAAUGAAAGGAAAACAGUUAGCCAUUAAGAAAAUGAACGAAAUUCAGAAAAACAUCGACGGAUGGGAGGGCAAAGACAUUGGACAGUGCUGUAAUGAAUUCAUCAUGGAGGGCGCCCUAACACGAGUCGGGGCCAAGCACGAGAGACACAUAUUCCUCUUUGAUGGCUUGAUGAUCUGUUGUAAGUCAAAUCACGGACAACCUAGGCUACCGGGUGCAAGCAACGCAGAAUAUCGGUUAAAGGAGAAGUUCUUUAUGCGGAAGGUACAAAUCAAUGACAAGGAUGACACUAAUGAGUAUAGACAUGCCUUUGAGAUUAUCUUAAAAGAUGAGAACAGUGUUAUUUUUGCUGCUAAAUCAGCAGAAGAGAAGAAUAACUGGAUGGCCGCCUUAAUAUCGCUGCAGUACAGAAGUACAUUAGAACGGAUGUUGGAUGGGACUAUAAUGCAGGAGGAGAAAGAGGAGCAGUUGCGCCUCCCCAGCCCCAAGCUGUACAGGUUUGCAGAGCCGGACUCGGAAGAGAAUAUUAUAUUUGAGGAAAACGUACAACCCAAAUCUGGUAUUCCCAUCAUCAAGGCUGGGACUGUAGUGAAACUCAUCGAAAGACUAACGUAUCACAUGUAUGCAGAUCCCAACUUUGUGCGAACAUUUCUCACAACGUAUAGAUCUUUCUGCAAACCACAGGAGCUUCUGAGCCUUCUUAUAGAAAGGUUCGAGAUUCCAGAGCCUGAACCAAGUGAAGCAGAUCGACUUGCCAUGGAAAACGGAGACCAACCACUCAGCGCAGAGCUCAAAAGGUUUAGAAAAGAAUAUGUGCAACCUGUACAGUUGCGGGUCCUGAAUGUUUGCCGGCAUUGGGUGGAGCAUCAUUUCUACGACUUUGAGCGAGACGCUGAUCUGUUAGUGAGACUUGAAGAAUUUAUUGGAACGGUCAGAGGAAAAGCCAUGAAAAAAUGGGUUGAGUCAAUCACAAAGAUCAUUCAACGUAAAAAGCAAGCGCAAGCCAAUGGACCUAGCCACAAUAUAACAUUUGAAAGCCUACCACCCUCUAUAGAAUGGCACAUUAGUCGGCCGGGACAGAUUGAAACCUUUGACCUCCUUACAUUACAUCCCAUAGAAAUAGCUCGCCAGCUGACCUUACUGGAGUCUGAUUUAUACAGGGCCGUUCAGUCUUCUGAGCUUGUCGGAAGUGUAUGGACGAAAGAAGAUAAAGAAAUUAACUCCCCCAACCUCUUAAAAAUGAUUAGGCACACGACCAAUCUUACUUUAUGGUUUGAGAAAUGUAUUGUAGAAACCGAAAACCUUGAAGAGCGGGUGGUGGUGGUUAGUCGUAUCAUUGAAAUCCUACAGGUUUUUCAAGAGCUAAACAAUUUUAAUGGAGUACUUGAAGUUGUAAGUGCCAUGAACUCCUCACCAAUUUACAGACUUGAUAACACCUUUGAGCAAGUUCCAAGUCGUCAGAAGAAGAUUCUAGAAGAAGCUCAUGAAUUGAGUGAAGACCACCAAAAGAAAUAUUUGGCUAAACUCAGGUCAAUUAAUCCACCAUGCGUGCCUUUUUGCGGAAUUUAUUUGACCAAUAUUUUGAAAACCGAAGAAGGCAAUCCUGAUUUUUUGAAGCGACAUGGGAAAGAACUGGUGAAUUUUAGCAAACGGAGGAAAGUGGCUGAGAUCACUGGGGAAAUCCAACAGUACCAGAAUCAGCCGUACUGUUUACAAGUGGAGGCUGACAUCCGGAGAUUUUUUGAAAAUCUUAAUCCAAUGGGUAACAUCUUAGAGAAGGAGUUUGAGGAUUAUCUAUUCAAGAAGUCAUUGGAAAUUGAGCCAAGAAACGCUAAGACUCUGCCACGAUUUCAAAAAAAGUACAGUUAUCCCCUCAAGUCACCUGGUGUGCGGCCAUCAAACCCAAGACCGGGUACCUUGAGGCACCCUACUCCUUUACAGCAGGAACCUAGGAAAAUCAGCUACAGUCGUAUCCCUGAGAGCGAAACAGAGUGUACAGCGUCUGCCCCGAAUUCUCCCAGGACGCCACUGACCCCUCCGCUGCCUUCUGCUGCAUCCAGUACGACUGAUGUCUGCAGUGUCUUUGACUCAGAUACUUCAAGCCCCUUUCAUUCACGUUCUGCUUCAGUAUCUUCAAUUAAUUUCCCUAAGAACUGUGAUGAAAUGCAAGUUCCACCACCUGUGCCCCCUCGCAGAAGACCAGAAUCUGCCCCGACAGAGUCGUCCCCAUCAAAGAUCAUGUCUAAACACGCAGACAGCCCUCCAGCAAUUCCUCCGCGGCAACCUACGUCUAAAGUGUAUUCUCCACGGUAUCCAAUGUCUGAACGCUCUUCAGUUUCUGAAGGACCCGAGAGCCCCCCACUUUUACCACCUCGAGAACCAUUGCGCACCCCAGAUGUCUUCUCCAGCUCUCCUCUCCACCUUCAGCCUCCUCCUCUAGGACGGAAAAGUGAACACGCUACCACUUUCUUUCCUUAUAGCCCGUCGCCAUUCACCCCACCUCCACCACAAACUCCAUCCCCCCUUGGACCAAGAAGACAUCUGCCUUCUCCUCCCUUAAUAGUGCAAGAUCUAGAACCGCCUCAGAUUACUGGGCCUCCUGUGCCACCCCGACAAAGCACUUCUCAGCCUAUCCCAAAGCUCCCACCAAAAACUUAUAAAAGGGAGCCCCCACAUCCCUCUAUCCACAGAGAUGGGCCCCCGUUGUUGGAAAAUGCCAAUUCUUUGUAACACAGUGUAUUCUAAACACUAAAAACUUAUGUCUCUUCAAAUGAACCAUUGAUAAAAGGACUAAACUGUAUCGGCUCAGAAGGCCAUGCCUUUCGGUUACUUUACACCACGUCUCACUGCUAUUCCUGUCGGAUGCAUAUUGCGCCAUUACAAGAAUAGACUGUUGGUCAGGAAGGAAUAAGCCUUUUGCAAACCGUUAAAGAGUGACAGACGCAUUGUGGACACUUAAUGUCCAUGAGAUACAAACUAGAAUGUUAUGCACUUUUUUUUUUUUUAUAUAUAUAUAUAUAUAUACAUAUAUAUAAAAAUGGAUAUUUAUAUCCUACAUGAAUUCUCUUUUGCUUCGUGCCUCUGCUUUGAACAUGUUUUAUAAAUCACAAGAAGCUUUGUGAUGACUCUGUGGUACCCAACUUUCUACAAGUAUAGCGCUGUAAUGCCCGUUCAGUUUACAAACUGUUCCAUGUCUUCUUUUGGUACCUGCCUCAUCGAAGAGGUACUUUGUUUUUAUUUUAAUUUCCUUAAAAAAAAAUUUUUUUAUAAAGUCAAUUAUGGAGCCAGUUAAAAAAAGGAAAUUUUAGCUGGAAAGAAUGUGUAAUUAUUGCCUUCAAACAGGGGGAACGGUCUUAUCAUUAAAGCAGUAGCAAAGCUAUGUGUGA